AUGUCUCAGUUCAUAUCUAUCUAUCUAUCUAUCUAUCUAUCUAUCUAUCUAUCUGUUUAUCAUUCUGUUCAUAACCAUCUAUAUAUAUUAUCUACGUUACUCGUUCUUAUCUCGUCAUCGCUUCUCUUGUAUGAACCGUCAUAUCUAGAUGCCCGAGACUUCGCAGCGGUUUUUAGCCGGCACAGGGAGCAGCCCGGCCUUCGGGCUGGGUUGCGACCGUGGCAAAGUCUAGUAAACAAGUUCCUGGACGGAUUUGAUGUUGUUCUCUCUCUAUUUAUUUUUUCUCUUCUUUCUCUCUUUCCCUGUAACUCUUCCUUCUUUCUCACUUUCUUAUUGUUCCCCCCGCUCUAUUUUUCUUUCUCACUUUCUCUCUUUCCCUCUCUUUCAAUUUUCACUCUUUCUCUUGCUUUUUUCUUUCUCUCUCAAUCUAUCUUUUCUUUCCACUCUCUCUCUCUUUAUUUAUCUUUCUCUCUUUGUCACUUUAUCUUCUUUCUCUAUUUCCCUGUAACUCUUCUUUCUUCCUCACUUUCUCUUUCUUCUCCAUCUCUCUCUAUAUAUUUUCUUUCUCUUGCUUUUCUCUCUCUCUUUCUCUAUCUCUUUAUCUAUCUAUCUAUCUUUGCCUCUCCUUUAUCUUUCUCUCUUUGUGUCUUUAUCUUCUCUCUCACUUUCUCCUCCUUUCUCUCUCGCUUUUUCUUUCCCUCUUUCUCGCUCUUUCUCAUCUUUCAAUGUUUCUCUCUCUCUCUCGUUUUUCUUUCCUCUUUCUCUUAUCUCUCACUCUCUCCUCCUUUCUGUCGUUUGCUUCUUAUCUUCAUUAUUUCCUCCCAUAUUUCUCGUCACCUACGCUAUUCCGUUUCUCCGUUUCUUCUUCUUUUCUCUUCUUCUUCUUCUCCUCCUUCUCCUCCCCUUUCUUCUUCUUUUUCUCCCUCUUCUUCUUCUUCUUCUUCGUCUUCUUCUUCCCCCCGCUCUUCUUCUUCCCCUCGUUCUUCUUCUUCUUCCCGAACUUCUUCUUCAUCUCCUUCUUCCUUUUCUUCUUCUUCUCCUCCUCCUCCUCCUUCUCCCCUCCUUCUUCCCCUUCUUCUUCUCCUUCUCCCUUUCUUUUUCUCCUUCUCCUCCUCUUCUUCUUCUUCUUCUUCUUCUUCUUCUCCCUUUUCUUCUUUUUCUCCCUUUUCUUCUUCUUCUUCCCCUCUUCUUUUUCUUCUUCUUCUUCUCCCCCUCUUCUUCUUUUUCUUCACAAUCCUCUCUCCAUUUCCUCCAUCGGCACCUUUCCUUUUGUCUAUCAUCUUUUUUCUUCGUUUUUCUUCACUCUUUCCUCUUCGAACUUCUUUUUUUUGCUAUUUUUGUCUUUCUCUUCUUAUAAGUCUUCAUUCUUAUUCACCAUCACCAUUAUUUACGACACUAAUUUGUUUAACGUACCCCCUCCUCUUCCUGCUCCUCGUACUUAAUUCUUCCUUUCAUUGUUCUCCUGCAUAUUCUCCUCCUUCCUUUUUCUUUCACCUCAUCCUAUGCCUCUUUUUCUAUCAAUUCUCCGUCUUUCUUUCAUCUUACCAAUCCCUUCCUCUAGCUUCUCCUCCUCCUGUUCUUGGUCAUUCCUUCUCCCACUUUCUCUUUCUUUCAUUCACGCUCUAUGUCAUUCACUCGUUUCCAUUUUCUUUUUUUCUUUCUCUUCUCUCCCGUAUCCAAUCGAUAUCGCUUUGGUUUUCUCUUUUUCUAUUUUCUCCUAUCCCCCCCACCCUACUACCAACAUCAUUCUCUUUCCUCCUGCUUCUCCUUAAUAGACUGCCCGGAUGCAUCCUUAUCUCUGACUCGCCACUGAACCGACUCACUGCAACGACAGUCUCUUUCUAUCUCUCUCUCUCUCUCUCUCUCUCUCUCUCUCAACGUCACUCGCGUCUAACUCCCAAGUCUCCCCAAUUCAGCAAAACUCGCAUUUAUAUAGCAAACCGAAGGUUGUUCACGCGCUUAACACGAGUGUCGCCAUAA